AUGAAACAAAUUAAAUAAAGUAAAAGAGCGGCUAAGUAUUUAAAAAAGCCAUCUAAGGAAUUGAAGAACUAUAUUAAAGUUCUCUUAAAAUUAAAGAUCAAAAGGCCUUCAUAAUUAGCAAGGGAAUAUGGUAUACCUAAGUCGACAAUUUAUUCUUAUUUAAAUGCUAAAGGACCCAUGUAUCAACCAUUGGAGGAUUCUAUCUUCUAAAAAUUAAAAAAGAGAUUGGUUAUGGGUUUUUAGACUUUAUCUAAAUAUAAAAGUGAUCGACAGGUAAUGAAGGAUAUUACAUUUUACCUUCAAACCGAAGAAUUCUUUUAGUUUACGGAUAGCAAUCCCUUCUCAGGGUUGAUUCCGCUGAGUAAAUAGAAUUCUUAAAGGUCAAGAUCUUUUAGAAGGGUUAGAGACUUAGGCUUAGCCUAUUUUAAAUACUUAUAAACAACUUAUCCCCCUGGUUCAUCUCAGGAAUAAUUAGAUGAAUUAAUUAAGAAAGAAUGUGAAGAACCUUAAGGAGGUGAAGAGCCUUAAGUUGACCAAGAUCCAUAUUAAGGAAAGGAGUAAUUUGAGGAAGAGAUUAGGAAUUAAAUCCCAACUGAAUAGAUAGACUCCUUUUUCUUAUUUGGAAACCUAGACUCUUUCUCUUAUAAUUAAACUUCAUUUUGA